AGCCUCUGAGCAAUGCCCUAAACUUUCAUGAUAGCGUCCUCUGGGGAUACACAGAUUGACGACCAUGUGCGACGCUGCUAGCAACGUCGAGGAGAUCAGGAAAGAGCCGUAGGAGACGCCCCGUUAGGCCUCCUGGCACACACAACCCUGCGUGAAGACUCCGGAUCUGCGAUCAAAUGGAUCGGUAUGAGAAGGUGGAGAAGAUUGGGGAGGGCACAUAUGGAGUGGUCUACAAAGCACGAGACAGGGUCAAUGGGCAGACCAUCGCACUGAAGAAGAUCCGGCUGGAGCAGGAAGAGGAGGGCAUACCCAGCACAGCCAUCAGGGAAAUCUCCCUUCUGAAAGAGCUGCAGCAGCGAAAUGUUGUCAGGCUGGAGGAUGUGAUCCAUUCUGAAAACAGGCUCUAUCUGGUGUUUGAAUUCCUGGACCUGGACCUGAAGAAGCAUAUGGACUCAAAUCCAGACAUCUGCAGAGAUCACCGCCUUGUCAAGGUCUACCUACACCAGAUGCUGUUGGGCAUCACAUACUGCCAUGCACACAGAGUACUGCACAGGGACCUGAAGCCUCAGAAUCUGCUCAUCGACAGAAAAAACAACGCAUUGAAAUUGGCCGACUUUGGGCUGGCACGCGCAUUCGGGCUGCCUGUCCGCGCAUACACUCAUGAGGUCGUGACGCUGUGGUACAGGGCUCCAGAGAUCCUGCUGGGCGCCAAGCACUACUCCACACCGGUCGACAUCUGGUCCAUCGGCUGCAUCUUUGCCGAGAUGAUCAACCAGCGCCCGCUCUUCCCCGGUGACUCGGAGAUUGAUGAGAUCUUCAAGAUCUUCCGGACGCUGGGCACGCCGACGGAGGAGACGUGGCCGGGGGUGCAUGACCUGCCAGACUUCAAGGAUUCCUUCCCCAAGUGGGCACCCCGCAAGCUGGAAGAGGUGGUGCCAUCUCUGGAUCCUGUGGGCUUGAAUUUGCUGGAGCACAUGCUGAGGUAUGAGCCCAACAAGAGGAUCACAGCCAGGGCAGCCCUGACCCACCCCUACUUUGCAGACAUCGAGGAGCUCUACUCCCUGCAGCUGUCUCUCACAUGAAGCACAAAUCCCAAUUUCCCAAAACCGGAGCGGGCGCUAGGCCUAAGGCUUGUAGCUGCAAUUGUGUGAAAAAGUCUUAUUUAAUUUGACAGUUUAUGCCUAUGUUCUGGUAUUUAGCUAGUCACUUGAACGAUGACAACGGAUGAAGCAUUUUAUACUGAAUCAGGCUGUUGUGCUGUGCUAAUACGCGGGGUGUUUGUUUCUUCUUUUUGUCGAUGCCACUGUGUCUUGUGCUACAAUAACUAGCGAGACUCUUGUACACUGCUAUAGAUAAGCCUUGACAUUGUUACUUGUUCUGUAAACUUCAUAAUCUCCUAC